AUGGUGGGCGCUACUCGCCGCGGCGCACUGAAGGAGACCAUCAAGCGUCCGGUCACCCCCAGCGACGAUGGCACGAUUGCGGACGCACCGCUUGAAGGUACUACCAAUGCCGACACACAACAACCGGUACUCCACCCCGCGCGCGACGACGUAUCGCGACUGAGUGAGGGCCUUGAGCCGCUUCACCUGGUCGGGCAAGAUGAUCCACAGCAUACAUACGACGCUUCCGCAGCAGCAGAGAUUGAUCCGCUUGGACAACAAGUCAAGGAAGUGAUUGCGACAAUCAAUCGACUGGAGGGCCUUGGCCUACAGAGGCUGAAGAUACCUCUGCCGAAAUGUAUCGUCCUGGGCGAGCAGUCUACUGGUAAAUCUUCUGUUAUCGAAGCUAUCUCCGGCAUCAAGACGCCGAGAAUGGAUGAUACAUGUACCAGAUGUCCACUCUUCAUUAAGCUCGAGCCUUCCGAUAAUACUCGCGCCAGCUGGAGUGCAAGUGUUAGUCUGCGACGGACUUUCAACUACGAUAUCAACAAGGUCCGAGGAUCCGAGUACCGGUACCCUGGCUGGCUCGAGAUGGAUCGGCCAAACGUCGUGCAUUUUGCGGAUACAGAAAACCCGCAUGAACUCGAGGAAAUCAUCGCACGCGCUCAACUGGCCAUCAUCAACCCUAUGACGCCCUACACGGAGUUCCUCGGAUCAACCGUUACUGCGCUUCGAAAGAAACCACACUGCGACUUCAGCCCCAACAUCGUCUGCAUCGAAAUCUCUCACCCGGACGUUCCUUCUCUCAGCUUCUACGACUUGCCAGGCAUCAUCAACCAAGCUGAAACCGUAGACAAGGAAUACUUGGUUGAGUCUGUUCGAAACAUUGUGAUGGACUACGUCAGCGACGAGGAAUCUCUCAUCCUUGUGACCUGCUCGUUAGACACAGACAUCGCCAACUCAACGGCAGGAGGCAUUGCGCGGAAGCUGGGCGCUACAGACCGAUGCAUUGGUGUCCUCACCAAGCCAGACCUUAUUCCCGACGGUUCCCGCCACGACAAACUCCUGGAGGUCUUUGACGAGAAGCGCUUUGCAUUGGGACAUGGAUACUUCGUCGUCAAGAAUCUGAACCAGGCAGAGAUGAAGCGCGGUUUGACCCAUACGCAAGCUCGAUUCGAAGAGCACAAGUUCUUCAGUCAAGGAACGCCCUGGUCAACUGCGUUCAGCCACUAUCAACACCGAUUCGGUACACUGAACCUGCAAAGCUUCCUUUCCGGGGAGCUUGCUGCUCAGAUGACGAAAAAGCUUCCAAUCAUCGACCAGGAGAUCAAUGCCAGGCUGGAACAGGUCCUAGCCGAACUUAGAAAAUUCCCAGAUCCUCCUACGCACAACGCCCCUAGAAUCAUCUCGGACGUCGUACUCGACUUCUCGCACAACGUACGUAAGGAGCUUGAGGCCGAAUUCCCUUGCAAGGCGUGGCGCAACAACUGGAAGACACUGCAGAAAGGGUUCUUCGAUGCCCUCGCUAGCAUGAAGCCCACGAUGUCUACAAGCGGAAGCAGGGAUGUGACCGUCUACAUCGACGUCCUGGGAGUGCAGCCUGGCAGCUCCGCCAGUAAAGCUAUUGCUGUAGACGACGAUGAUGAUGACGAUGAGGACUACGUGGACGAUGGAGAUCGCGAUACGCCGAUGUCUAGCAACCCCGAGACGCCUACAAAGAAGCGCAAGUUCGGCGAUACUCCAGGUCCCUCACCAGCUAAGACUCCCAGCCGUCGCGGUCCCCCAAAGACCCCCGAAGGCAAAACAGCGAUGCCAAGCACGGACUUCAGCGAGCUCAGGAAGAAGUUCCUCCUUGAUCAAGUCACGCAACAUUUAGCGGAGAACUCUCAGAGCAAAGUGCCCGGGCAGAUCGAACCGCGCGUCGUCGAUAACAUGAUGCUCGAGACGCUCGAACAUUGGUCGCAACCGCUUCACGAGUUCUUCAACACGCUCGAAGGUCAGAUCGUCGAUCAAAUCAAGGUCGUGUUCCACAAGCACUUUUCCAAGUACCAGGGAUCGAUCUUCUGGCGCACUGCUUGGGAGAUCGUUGAACAAAUGGUCAGCUUGAACUUUACUGAGCAGCGCAGCACCAUGGCCAACGAGAGUCUAAACGACGAGAAGGAAGGCCCUUUCAUCUUUCACGACGAGAUGUUCGAGAUUGAGAAGGAAGCGGUACUAGAACACUAUCGUCAAGCUCGGUUCAAGGCCCGUCUCAACAUCUACAAGCGCGAUAGAUUGAAGCGGACAGGGAAAGAGACUACCCCGCAAGAAGAAGACAGGAUGAGGAAAGAUGCCAGGGUCAUGGCGGUGUUGAACCAUGAGCCCUACGUCGUCGAGCUCGGAGUUGUCGCACAGGUUACCACGUACUACAUGCUAGCAGCUCGCCGCUUCCACGACGCUGUGUGUAUGAGGAUCGAGUCGAAGUUCUUCAAGCAGCUUCGCACCCAACUCCGCGACGAACUUGAGGGUGGGCUGGGCAUGAACGACGGCAGCCAAGCCUACGACAACGCCGUUCGCCUCCUCUCCGAAUCCCCACAACGUUUCAAUUUACGCAAGGAGCUCAGCGGUCAGCGUGACUCUUUGCUCAAAGGCCAAGAGAUUCUGCGUGACCUCCAGAACAAGAAGUACGGUACCGCCAAGUCUUCUGCCGCAACCAACGGUGGCUCGCACACUCGUCGCUCCAGUGCUUCCGGCGGCAUACCUACACCAGUGUCGGCAGAGAUGGCGGACGUGAAUAUGACAGGCGUUCCGCGUCACUAG